AUGAUGAGAACUGAGAUUAAAAGCUUAUUUGAAAACGACAGAGACCGGGUGAAGAAGCUUACCAGAAGGGCCAGUGUUGGGGACGAAUUUAUAUAUUACGACUUCUCCAAGACGCAUCUUACCGAAGAGAUAGUUGACGGAUAUCUAGAGAAGAUGAAGGACUUUGGGGAGAAGAUCGACGGAAUGUUUGGUGGAGAGCGGAUAAACUUUACGGAGAACAGAAAGGUCUUGCAUGUGGCGCUGAGGGACAAGGAGGUCUUGAGGAUGGUUGAAGGACAUGGCGAUGCAAAGCUGGAUGAGGACCGCAGGAUGGUUUAUGACGAGCUGAUGAAGAUCAAGGCAUUUGUCGAGGAUUUUGACAGCGGAAGGGUAUGCGGGGUGACUGGAAAGAAGCUAGAGAUUGUUGUCAACAUAGGAAUUGGGGGAAGCGAUCUCGGGCCCAGGAUGGUGUGCGAUGCCCUGGGACAUUAUGGCCGAAGGGGGGUGGAGACGUAUUUUAUCUCGAACAUAGAUGCAACGGAUACAAUCAGGGUUUUCGAGAAGAUUGACCCGGAAAGGGCUCUGUUCAUUGUGGUGAGCAAGACGUUUACAACGCUUGAGACGAUUAAGAAUGCAGAGCUUGCAAUGAAGCUUCUGGAGAGGAAACUUGGAAGAGACAGGUCUGAGAUUGCAAGUAAGCACUUUGUUGCAGUGAGCUCGAAUGUGCAAGAGGUCGGCAAACACAACAUCUCCCGGGUGUUUUCGAUGUGGGACUUUGUGGGGGGAAGGUUCUCGCUGUGGUCUGCUGUCGGGAUGUCGAUUGCCCUCUACGUCGGAUUUAACAACUUCAUGCGCCUGCUCAAGGGAGCCUCUGCGGUUGACGAGGAUUUCCGAAGAAACAGAGGAAGAUCGAAUGCCGAGAUGAUCCAUGCAAUUGCGGAGCUGUUCUACUCUGAAAACGGCUUCAACAAUAAGUGCAUUGUCUGCUAUGACCAGUACAUGGAGAAGUUCUAUCUGUACCUCCAGCAGGCAGAGAUGGAGAGCAAUGGGAAGCAGUCGGAAAGAGGGGAUACCGGGCUGAUUGUAUGGGGAGGGCUGGGAACAAACACACAGCACUCCUUUUUUCAGCUGCUGCACCAAGGAACCAGGGAUGUGCUGGUUGAACUUCUCAUGCCUCUUAAGCCGCUACACGAGGAGAAAGAGUAUCACAACAUGGUUGUCUCGAACUGCCUGGCGCAGAGCAGAGGCCUUAUGGUUGGAAAGAAGGAGGGCAGUGCGAAGGAGUCGUUUCGAGGAAACAGGCCGACCAUCACAGUCUGCUAUUCGAAGCUUACCCCAGAGACUCUUGGGGCGAUGAUAGCACACUACGAGCACAAGAUAUUCAUCUUGGGGUUGUACUGGGGCAUCAACUCCUUCGACCAGCCUGGAGUUACCUUAGGGAAGAAGAUAGCUACUGAGGUGCUGGAGACUCUUGAGUGCAGAGGAGAUCGAAAGUACGACGAGUCGACGAGCGAGAUCUUGCGUCUUCUGGGCUGCUGCAAGAAGUGA